GAUUAGGGGAGAAAGAGGGGAGCCACCGCGGCCUCUGAUAAGCUCAUAAGCUAUACACUGACGGUUGCCUUGCGUCGCUAUCAGGCUACCCGUUGUCGUGCGGGACAGGAGGAAAUCCGGCACCGUGGGGUGGUUUGGGGGGCAACAGUGAUAAGAGGUUGCGUGUACAGGGUGACUCUGGGAUACAUGAGUGCUUGCAGUGUGACCCCGGGGCAUGAGGCGUCAGGGCUUGGUGCUGACGUGCCGUCGCUGUUUGAAACUAUUAGCAACGGCUUUCCGCUGUCCCAUAGACUGUUGAGUCACAUCGCUUAGGAAGCCACGCGAGGGCACCUUCCAUUUAGCGAGACAUGACGUGGCAGAAGCUAGCUGGCCAGCUUUGCUUAUGACUACAUAGAAUAUUUUAUCCUAACGCACUAUAUCCAUUUGCGCAUCCCAUGAGCUAGACCCUUUUUUGUUUGGUGUUACUUGGACAUCUAUCUGAUGUAUGCGUGGCAUCGGCAACCGAGUUGGCGUCCGUGGCAAGGCAGCGCAGGUCCGGACAUUGUAGCAACACCGUGUUAAGAGAAAUUCUAUAGAUAUACGCUGUCCUCGUGAUAGCCAUCGCGAAGAAAUGCUAGGCAUAUAAAGGCGAGCGCUUGAGCAGACCAUCAUGGUAGCAAUCGUCACAGUCGGCAGAGUCUUGGGUGGUUAACGACUUCCGGUGAGGACCUGAAGAGAAAUCGUCACGCUGUGAUUAACACCUUGGUAGGCAUAUCUCUAAAGCAUUUCUUGCAAAUUUUGACCCGAUACCAUAAACGCAGCGCCCCUACGAUACAUAGCAAACGAUUUCAGUAGUCUACACAUAAAUAACUCCGACUGCCUGUAACUCCUCUUGCGCUAGUUUUCCUUGAAGGACCGCAGUAAUUAAAGCCGCAAGCUAUUGUUGACUGCCUUCUCGUUGAACUGUGCCCAGCGCCUUCACUGCAGCCGGGCAAACCUCAUGGCGCCCCCAGCGGUCUUCGCUGACCCUUUCUUCAAUGAGGUCGACCGCGCUAUGAACCGCGUCAUUUCUAAUGAUUAUGUCGGCGCAGCCACGUACAGUCCGCUCAUCGGCUCACGGUCUAGCAAAGUCCCAACUCCUUCGGAUGUCUUUCCCAUGGACAUCGUUGAAACCGACUUCGCUUACGAACUCCGCGCCGACACACCAGGCCUUGCACCUGAAGACUUACAGGUGAUGCUGCACGAGGGCUUGCUGACAGUCAGCGGCGUGCGCAAGGUUUCGAACCACAUGAUGGAUGCCAGCGGCAAGAUGUGGCGCAACGAGCGCAGCUCCUACAGCUUCAGCCGCGCGUUCGCUCUGCCCAUGAACGUCAACGCGGACAAGAUCAGCGCCUUCAUCGACAGGGGCGUGCUAACCGUGACGGUGCCCAAGAAAAACCCAAGCCUGUUUGUCAAGCCGGAGCACCAACAGCGGAUUGCCGUGAGGGGCGCGUGAGAUUGUGCAAUCAUCGGGGCGUAUGGGCGUCAUUGCGACCUAACGCGCCGGUCAGGAUUGCCAUUCUGUGAAGAGCGCGGUGUUGCUCUGGGCGAAAGCGUCGUCUUUCGGGGCUGUGUGACUGUGAGGCGGCAAAGGCGCGGUGUGCGUACGUUGUGCAGGGGCGGUGUGACAAACCACAAUUCGGCGUAAUAUACCUCUGUUAUCGGGAUGCGCCGACACAACGUAGCAUAUGUGGAGAGAGGACUACUAUGAGGAUAACCGUGAGCCUUGGGCCUCGUGUUAGGCUUAUUGUAUACUAUAUAUCCGAUUUCUACAGCCUAAGAUGCCCCAAUUUGUGGACAGGACAUUGCGUGCCUUGCGUGUGCGUGUAACGUGUCUUUGUGCGUCUUACUACAAACUGUCCGUGAUGGAAUGACUACUACUAUGAUGUGUGUCUAUCAUGACUGCAAGCUGUGACCAAACAGGCGCGGUAAGCCAUCUAAGCCGUGAGCUCCGGAGGGAUGGCAACGACGACGUGACGUGAGGGAUGCGAAGGUGAUGGUGAAGGUGAUGGUUACAGGUGUGUGCGAACUGGGCCACGAGCUAAUACUGACCGCGACAACGUAGACGUGUGUGUUUCGUGUGUUUGUGUUAAGAUAAUUGGCCGCGAGCCGGAAACCUGGCCGCGAGUCGUGUGUUUGUGUGUGUUACUUUUCAACUGGCCGCAAAUCGUGUGGGCGUACGUGUGUGUAGUUGUGUAUGGAACGUGCUUGUGUACGGCAACUGUGCCGGUACCGUACGCAAGCGACUCAUUAAUGGACGAUAACUGCCGUGCAAUAAAGUCUGGAUGGGGUCUGGGAAAGUUGUCCCGGGGUUCUCAUUCUUUUCUACAAACGGGAGCGAGUGCUUAUUUGACGUGUCGUACAAUUAUUGUUGGACAGCCCAGGAGAUCUGUCAACUCUCACUCCCGGCACUGCGGAUGAUGGAAGGCAUGUAGCCUGUAGUUGUAAGCAGAACGUCCUCCCAUGCUUGGCCCCAUUGUUACCCACUUGUGCUCGGACGACGCUCUUGC